GUUUCAUAAAGUACUACCAAAACCAAUCACCCUUCAAACACUCGAACACAAAUCACGCAUUCGAAUUACAGAUUACAAAAAAUGGUGACACUAGUGGUAUCAACAACCACCGAUCCAGCAUCCUUCAAUCCAGCAUCAGCCCUUUCCGCCAUCGGAACCUGGACUCCGGGAGCCUCCUUUCAGGGGAUCAGGAGCAAGGUGAACGGAGAUGUGAGAUUACUGGAGCAUGAUCGCGGGAUAGUGGAGGAGGAUUGUUUGGAUGAUCGGUGGGAAGAGGUUACCGGAGAAGUUGUUGAUGAGAUUAUUUUUUUGAGUAAACAUACGGCGGUUACCAAUCGGCCUGCGCUUACAGUUCACCCCAUCGGUGUUCCACAUCUAAAAGAAGGAGAUGUUCCACCGCAAGGAGGAAAACCCGGGUGGGCAGCGGUUCCUAGUCCUAGGAUGACACCAUGGUUGAUACUUUUGAAUAAACUUGCGCAAUCCCAUAAUUUGGUUCCUGAAUUUGAGAUUACUUUGGAGGCUACUCAUCAUGGUCCGGUUACGAGCAAACCAACAAUGUUUUUGGAGAUAGGUAGCACAAGUGAAUAUUGGCAGAGGCAAGAUGCUGCUCAAGUUAUCGCUCAAUUAGUUUGGGAAGGACUUGGAAUGGGAGGAGGUGAAGCUGUCGGAAACUGGAACAGCAUGUCCAGUAAUAAAAAGAUCCUUCUUGGUAUAGGUGGCGGCCAUUAUGUACCUCGCCACAUGGACAUUAUCCUGAAGGGUGGUGUGUGGGUCGGUCACUUGCUGUCUGGAUAUUCGUUGCCAAUGGAAGAACCUAUUGAAUCAAAAGGCGAAAAAAACUCGAAUAAUAUCGGUGGGACUUGGAAACACGCUAUAAAGGUUGCAUAUGAUGCUACAGUUGAAGGGUUUCCCGGUGGGGAAGUUAUUGCUCAUAUCGAUCACAAGAGUUUCAAGGGGUGGCAGAAGAAGGCAAUUGUUGAGUAUUUAGGCGAACAGAAUAUUAAAAUCGGCAAACCAGGUGAUUUCUACUGAGAUUUGCAUGGUAAUUUUAUUUUUUAUGUAUUCCAGCUUCGGAUUCUUGUAACUUUUACAGAUCAGUUUUGCUAACUGAUUAUGUCUAUUACUAAUGGCAAACUGCAUGAAAAUAUACAGUAUUUUUAUAUUUAAUCUUUUAUUUAAGAUACUCA